UCGGUUCCGUUUGGUGUUGAUUCACUACUAGCUGUUUACAGUUCUGACCUGUAGUUUCAUGAGACUAGUUUUGUUGUAGAUCUACAGCGUGUACAGAGCUGAUCUACGUGCACGUUGCGAUUUGAAAGACUCCUUGUUCACUGCUGCUUUACUCCUGGAAAUCACGGUUUUCUAAGCUACAACUUACUCCGUGUGUGUGACCACCUCGAAGAAGUGUUUUAGCAGACCUUCUGUCAGCAGCAGGUAUUUCGAAAUGGACGUAUCGGAGAGAACACCGCGGAAUAGUGACAUUGACCGUCCCCGCCUUCAGGAGCGCAGCGUUGCAGGUUUGAGGAAUAUAUUGUCGAAGAACGCUAAGUGCCCCAAGAAACGAGCGUCAGAUGAUUAUGAAAUAGAUGAUAUCCUCCAGAAAAUGGCAAAGAAGAACGAAGAGAUUCAACGGAAAUUCGAUAUCGCUCAACGAGAUCGUGAAGAAGCUGCUGCCGUGGGUGCCUCAUUCCGUUCUUCCCAACGUAGCACGCAGACCUCCAGAGCCAACGUUUCUUACGGCGCUGGGUGUGCUCAAAGUCAAAGCAAGCCCGGAAUAAUGUCCCCGCCAUCCAGUCAAACAUUUGGUAUGUCCUGUGGACAAAUCCAGUCUGCCGGGAGCGCUUGUGGUCCUCUUUCACCAAAAGGACGAGCCAGGAUACGACCACUGUCUUCCCACAUGGCUGUCGUUGGUUAUGUCGGAGCAUCAACUGGGUCACAGGCAUCAAGUCAAACUUCUACCAUAUCCUCGAGACAAGUCCAGUCUGCGGGGAAUGCUGUUUGUCGUCUCCAGCCAAAAGGGCGCGGAAGAGUCCGAGCAUUGCCUCCAAACAUGGCUGGUGCUGGAAAUGUUGGAGCCUCAACAGGGCCGCAUACUACCGGAUAUGGACGAAUGACGUUGACUCCCACCGAACAACCUGAAUCCAAGCAGAAGGAGCGUGGCGUUUCGGGUGUGAGAGAUUUGUUGUCGAAGAGCGCGUCAGCCAAGUCACACGUACCGCUGAAUCCAAAUGCAGCGCCAUUUGUUCCUGGCGUACUGAGAGCACCAGGCCCACCUACGAAACAAGCGUCAGAUGGUAAUGUUGGAGCAUCAACUGGGUCACAGCCAUCAAGUCAAUCCUCUACCAUAUCCUCGAGACAACUCCAGUCAGCGGGGAAUGCUCGUUGUCGUCUCCCGCCAAAAGGACGCGGAAGAGGCCGAGCACAGCCUCCAAACAUGGCUGGAGUUGGAAAAGUUGGAGCAUCAACAGGGCCACAUACUACCUCAUAUGGACGAAUAACGUUGACUCCCACUGAACAACCUGAAUCCAAGAAGAAGAUGAGGGAUAGUGAUAGUGAUUCGUUGCUGACUGCGGCGUUUCCAUCGAGUAAGUCGCCGUCCCUCCAUGCACGAAAGAAGCCUGAAUCCAAACGCUUUGCAGGGCUUCAGGGUGCGCUACUCGGCCUUGUAACUGAGGUACACGCCAAGAACGAAACCUUGAAAAAGGAUCAGUCCACACUGUUUUCUGGACAUGUGCAAGUGGUGAGUACGCCGAACAAGACUCCCAACGAACAUCCGGGGCCAAAUCAAAGGUGAAGUACAGAUGUGUCCGGCCAGCCUGAAUCGGUAUAAUACGCUAAGCAGUGAUGUUAUAAUUUCUCGCCGGCCGAGCGGAGCGAGUGAGGCUAGAAAUGAUUUCUCGCGCAGCAAAAUUAUUUUUUUUGCGAAUUUGGAAUCUGAUGUUUUCUCUUUUUGUUGCUGUUCUUUUUGCCUGACUCCUUCAGUCAGUGUUUUGUGUCUCACCAGUGUCUCCACCCUUCCACCCUUCAUGUCUGCCCAUCUUCUUCCAUUCAUUUAUUGGCUGUAGAUAUGUUGUGCCUAAUUUUAUGCUGCCAUGUUGCCACUUGGGGUUAUGCACCCGGUUUUUUCCCUCAUUCGUACGUCCGUCGGCGCGAGGGUUUUUUCCCGGCUGGCCCGGUCCAGAGAAAUUAAUCUGACGGUCCCAAGUGGUGCUUGUCCUGGCUUAUUUAUGUUAGGUGAAUGUACUCAUUCUUUCCUCCUGAGGUCUCUCCACCUGUUGCUGCUCCUAGUUUUCUUCUGCAUUCCGGUUCACAUCUGGCUGCGGCCUACUACCCUCACUCUGUGUGCUCCUGCCGCUGUUGUCUGGGUCCAUGUCGGUAUGUCGGUGUAUGUGGAGCGGGAAGGGAUGAAAACUAGAAAAACUGGCACUGAAGGUACUGAGGACCAAGCAUAUAUCCUUAUGAUAAAGAAAGGAAAGGGACAAGUGUUGGAGAAGUGUUGGAGCUAGAUGUCAGGUUGCCGAAUGUCUCAGUACUCCUUGUCAGUUUUGUGCCAUUUUGUCGCACUCGCUAACUGUAUAAGAUCUGGUUACGUUGGUGGACAGUUUGUCAUAACUCGUAAC